GGGCCGCCGUGAGGCUGACGUGUCGGCGGGCGGCGGUGGCGGCGGCAGCAGCAUGUCGAAGGUCACCUUUAAAGUCACGCUCACCUCCGACCCGCGGCUGCCCUACAAAGUGCUAAGCGUGCCCGAAAGUACACCUUUCACAGCUGUCUUGAAGUUUGCUGCUGAGGAAUUCAAAGUUCCUGCAGCAACAAGUGCCAUUAUCACAAAUGAUGGAAUAGGAAUAAACCCUGCACAGACAGCAGGAAAUGUAUUUCUAAAGCACGGUUCAGAUCUACGGAUUAUUCCCAGAGAUCGAGUUGGAAGCUCUUAAUGUCUACUGAAAUCUUCUGGAAUAAGUGACAUUGGCAUGUAGUUAAUGUCUAUUUAUUUUGGGACUCUGCAUUGUGACUAAAGAAUUGGCCUUUUUGAAGCUACCCUAUAUGACUUGCCGAGAUCCAAUCUUUUUUUGUCACACAGAUAAAGUCUCAUUUUCUUGUUAAAGCAUAAUAAAUAAUGCACUGGUUAUUUCUUUACUGAUAUUUUUCAAUGGGGUGAUCCUAUUGAAAAAAAAGAUGGAUGUCUCUAAAGAUGUUUUUUACUGAAAAUGCAAGAGUAAACUCAACCACAAUAAGUAAUUAUUUAAAAUAUUACAUAUUGUCAAACUUAGUUUGUGGAAGGGGGAACUUUAUGAUCUUGUUCCAGAGAAACUGUUCUACUGAGUGUUGGAAGGUUUAGCUUUAUUCCUUCUUUCUUUUUUCUUUUGAUAAAAUUCCAUGUUGAGAGGAGAAGUUUUACCACAAUUCGAGCAUUAAGCCCAGAUAGAAUUGAAAAGUUAAGUGGUUUAUAAUUGAAAUAAGUAAGUAAAUGCCAAAUGUUCCAAAGUAAUUGUAAUAUUUAAUUGUUGAAAACAUUUUAGAUAGCAGAGAAUGCAGAGGUACCUAUAUGUUAACUUCACAAAACAUCAAAUGAAGUUUCAAACCAAAUGCAAUUUCAGAGAAUUUGUGAGACAUAAUCUCAAAAUGCCAUGGAAGGCCUGGCAAAAUUUGGGAAUGUAUAAGUACUGGUCAAAUAUGUCAUUCCUUUUUCUAUAAAUAAUGGUUCUUUGUAAAAGUUUUUGUUUCUGCAUAUUACAAGAGAAUCAUAGUUCAUCAAAAUGUUUGUGUUCAGGUAAUAUGCUUUUUCUUUAUCAGUUGCCUGAGGUAAUUUAUCAAUCGUGCAUUUUAUUUAGAGUAAUUGCUGCUUUUCUUGAACUGGUUGUUCUACUUUGUGAUUUAAUCUGGCCAAGUCUUACCCUGUUGCAUUUUGUGUUUCUUACUGAGUUUACAGGAAGUAAAACAGUGGGCAGAGCAGUGCUUGGUUUAAUGAGAAUCAUCGCAAAUGAUUAAUGAUUGCACUUCACUGUGCAAAAAUUCUCCAGAAAGAUGUUCAGAUUCGGUUUCAAAUAGUGCACAGAAUGCCCUAAUGAGUGGAUAUGAAUUCAGUAUGUAGAAGAAAACGUUCUGAAAGUGAUAUUUGACUUAAAAUUUUCCACCUCUAAGAUGGAUUGUAAAAUUCUUCAUUUUCCUUUGUUUUAAUAAACAAUAUGAAAAAAAUA